CUUUGAGCUGUGAUUUAGUUAUCCUUUGACACGUCUCCAAAAUCCCUAGAAAGUAUCUCUCUCUCAUACACACACAUUUUAUGUCUAAGAUCUCUACCUGCAUAACAUUUGCUUCAAAACCCCAUUUUCUUCUAGCAACACUUGGGUGAGGGAAGUAGAGAGGUGGUGCGAAAGAAGAGUAUAUCAGAUGUCUCACGUGAGAUGAAGAAUAAGACCCCCUUCCCUAUUCAUCUCUCCCUUGUCAUUGCCUUUUUUCUAGGCACAGUUGUAUGCCUCUCUGUUGCUCAACAAACACCAACUAUCUCGAGCUAUGGAGGAGGCCUCAGUGAUGCUGAAGCUAUGUACAUCGACAAGCGGCAGCUUCUUUACUACAAAGAUGAAUUUGGUGAUAGAGGAGAGAGAGUCACAGUAGACCCAUCUCUAGUUUUUGAGAAUCCAAGACUUAAAAAUGCUUACAUGGCAUUACAAGCUUGGAAACAAGCCAUUUUCUCAGACCCUCUAAAUCUAACAGCCAAUUGGGUUGGGUCUCAAGUUUGCAACUAUGAGGGGGUUUUCUGUUCUCGAGCUCCAGACAACAAAACAAUCCGUACAGUUGCCGGCAUUGAUCUCAACCAUGGUGAUAUUGCCGGCUACUUGCCAGAGGAGCUUGGCUUCCUGGUGGAUCUUGCAUUGUUUCACAUCAACUCCAACAGGUUUUGUGGGACUAUACCUCACAAGUUCAAGAAACUGAGGUUACUCUUUGAACUGGAUCUUAGCAACAACCGGUUUGCUGGGAAAUUCCCACAAGUUGUGCUCAAGCUACCUUCACUCAAAUUCUUGGAUCUGAGAUUCAACGAAUUUGAGGGCACUGUACCGAAAGAGCUAUUUGAUAAGGACUUGGAUGCAAUCUUUAUCAAUCACAAUAGGUUCGUUUUCGAUCUGCCUGUAAACUUUGGCAACUCCCCAGUAUCAGUCAUUGUUUUGGCAAACAACAAGUUCCACGGAUGUGUGCCAUCAAGCUUAGGUAACAUGUCAAAUCUCAAUGAAAUCAUCCUCAUGAACAAUGGAUUUAGAUCUUGCUUGCCAGCAGAGAUAGGUUUGCUUAAAAACCUGACAGUGUUCGAUGUUAGCUUCAAUCAAUUGAUAGGUCCAUUACCUGAUACAGUUGGCGGGAUGGUGAGUCUUGAACAGCUCAAUGUAGCUCACAACAUGCUCUCUGGGAAGAUUCCGGCAAGCAUUUGUCAGUUGCCGAAUUUAGAGAACUUCACCUUCUCUUAUAACUUCUUCACUGGAGAGCCACCAGUUUGCUUGAGUCUGCCGGAUUUCAGUGACAGGAGAAAUUGUUUGCCAGGAAGACCAGAACAGAGAUCUGCAGCACAAUGUAAGGCUUUUUUGUCUAUGCCUGUUGAUUGUAGCUCGUUUAGAUGUGCUCCUUUUGUUCCAUCGUUGCCUGCUCCUCCUCCGCCUUCACCUCCAGUGCCAGUACUUUCACCUCCACCACCGGUUGUUAUUCCAAAGUCACCACCAGCUCCUCCACCACCAGUUUACUCACCGCCGCCACCACCAGUAUACUCUCCGCCUCCACUACCGCCAGUGUAUUCACCACCACCACCGCCUCCUCCCCCACCUUGUAUAGAACCGCCUCCACCAUCACCGCCUCCGCCAAUACAUUAUAGCCCACCACAACCACGUCCAGUUCAUUACCGUUCACCUCCCCGACCAUCACUGCUUCCACCAGUUAACUACCAUUCGCCCCCACCACCAUCGCUUCCACCGCCAAUUCCAUGCGAAAACCCUCCACCACCAUCCCCACCCCCACCCCCACCCCCACCCCCACCGAUAAUCUAUGGAAGUCCGCCCCCUCCGACUCCAGUGUAUGAGGGGCCAUUACCACCAGUCACAGGGGUGUCAUACGCUUCACCCCCACCCCCACCCUUCUAUUGAUUCUUUUGAGAAUUUACCUCUAACCUUCCAUCAAACCAAACAAGGAAAGCAACACUAUGGAAUUCGUCAUCAGGGUUUCUUUUUUCCUGGCAAUUCUCGUCGCUCAUUAAGAGAAAAUUGAGAAAGGGUCUGUGCAGUUUUCCUCUUUUGAUUGAAUCAUUGGUCUCUCAGUGAGAUUUUAUUGCAUCAUUGUUAUUGAUUAUUGAAGCAGAGAAGAGGAUAAAGAGAGGUAAGAGGAGACGUUCUCUCCAUAUUUAUUUGAAUUUGUAAUGAAAUAUUUGAGUUGCGAAAUAAAAAUGGCAGAGAAAGAUCAGUAGGCUGCAGAGAAAGUUGAAUGUAUCGGGGAUGAAACGGAGGCCCAAAUCAGGGCUAGCUUAGCUAGCAUUGCUGCUGGUUUGUGGGGUUUUUUUUUUUUAUCAUACUUAUUUCCUUAUUUUUCUUUUCAAUAUAUAGUAUAAUCACGAACAUUUCACUUGUACUAUGUUGUAAUUUCGUUUUGUUGUGGGAAUGAAAAUUACAUUUGCCCAAA